UUAACAACAUGAAACAAUAACAUAUUUUAUUUCAGAAAAUGAAGGUUUUUGUUCUUUCGAUAUUGUUAGCGGUUGUGACGAUAAUCAGAGGACAAGAAAUUUGUCUAGAUUCUAAGUAUCAAUGCAAAGAAGAUCAAACUUGUUGCCAGGCUAACGAAGGAUACGGAUGUUGUCCUAUGGAGGAUGCGGUAUGCUGUUCAGAUCUUCAGCAUUGUUGUCCAGAUGAAUAUAUCUGCGUAGAUCAAUUUAAAAUCUGCGUGAAGUAUCCAGAUGUGACCGGAAAACAUAAUUUUACAAGAAAAUUAGAGCCUCUCCGAGAAACUUUCUCUUUAGUUAGCCACUCGUAUUCAUGUCCACUAUGUCCUUUUUGGGCGACUUGUUGUUCGAUGACUACAGGCCAAAUAGGCUGUUGCCCUUUUUCAAAUGCUGUCUGUUGUAGGAAUAGGAACACCUGUUGUCCACCAGGAUAUAGUUGUUAUUUGGCAGGGUUGUGCAGAUCUAACACGGAGCCAAAGAAGAUUCCAAAAAUCCAGAAAAAUUCAAUUGCUUUAUCAGAAUACAAGUCGUUGGUGCGAAGUUCGGUAGAUCUUGUACAGUGCCCCGAUGGCAAUUAUUGCAAUUCUGGAAAUAGUUGCUGUUUGAUAGGAUCUAACACUUAUGGGUGCUGUCCCUUUCCUCGAGCUGUAUGCUGCUCUGAUAAAGUUCAUUGUUGUCCUAAUGGUAUGACAUGCGACAGUUCAGGUUUCUGUACCAAUGGAUUGGAUAUUAUUUCUUGGUUUGAGAAAAAACCAGCAAUUAAACGACCUAAAAUAGAAAGCUGAAGUUUUGAAGUUGCAUGCAAUUGUUUUGAUUAUUAUUAUUUUUUUGAGAGUAUAAGUUUCUGUAAUUAAUUAACUUUCGAUUAAAAUGAUUUAAACUUGUUUGUAAUCAAGAUUACAAUAAUGUAUAGCAAUUCAAUUUUCGAAAAUUUGAUAUUAUAAAUAUUAAAAUUAAAAUUUGUUUCUCUUAAUAAACUAUUAAUUACUUUCA